AUGCGGAAAACACUACAAAAGAGACACUCUUGGACGGACGAGGAGCUGAACAUCCUCUCAUACCUCCGAUACACUCGCCAUUGGCGCUUCAAGAAAAUCCAAACGUCCUACUUCCCAUUACUUUCUCCGAACGCACUCUUGGGAGCCUACUGGCGCCUGUCCACCGAAGACCGCAUACGCCGAGCAUCGAGGAUCACCACCUCAAUCAUCGCUCCUCGCAACACUGGAGAAAACCUCUCAGGUUCCCCCCAAGCUCAACCCACAUGUUCCAGUAUCGCACAGGGGACAAGUCGCUAUCGCACUCUUGCUCAGUCAGAAAACAACAUUGAGACUUUGACCUUCACCCCACCAAGCCCUGCGGGUGGAGGGGAUCCAUUCAUUUCCGACAACAGCAAUUCGAGUCGUUACAAACUCAGGCCAAACAGACCCUCAAUCUUCCCUCCAAGGAAGCCGGGAUAUCUUGUUGACCGACGCCGUUUCCCCCACUUCUUUAGAUCGUACAAGUACUCUCUCAAUCUACAAGGAGUCCCGGACAGCGACUAUACUCCUCCAUCUCGGAUGCCUACGCCAAGUUCAUCAGAUCGAAGCGUUUCCAUCGUCUCAAGUCUUCCCAGUGCCGCGUCAAGCCUUGAACUCUUUGGCUUGGAGCUCCGAGGAGCAUCCUUUGCCGACAUGACUGAAAUCACAAAGUUUGAGCAAUUCGGAAUCAAUACGUUCUAUAACGGAAUCCCAACAUUAGAUAAUGCCAGCGACUGGUUUCGGUGGAAUCAGAAGGUCAAUGAGUUCAUUCGGAUAUCUGCGGUUGCCGACGAUGGAGCGACUCCACCGAUAGAAGAGGAAGAAGCACGGCAAUGGAUUCACCGCCAAAAUUUCUAUUCUGCGAUGAUCACGGCAAAGCUGACACACAAUGCGGCGCAGAGAAUCAAUGCCUUUGAGAUUCCUCGAGUCCAAGUACUGCUUAAGGCAGUCAAGGACAACUUCAAACCAGAAGGCUCAGGCACGUAUGUUAACCUCCAACGGCGAUACAUGGCCCUUACAAGAGACAAGUGUGGGAGCAUUCAAGCCCUCGGAGCAGAGAUCAGGAAGAUCCAUGCUGAAAAACUCCUCCUUGACCCUGAUUGCGUAACCUCCGAAAUUGAGCGAACAUUUUUCUUCGUGCAUGCACUCGGUCCGGAGUACGAGAGCUUCCGCGAUCAUAUCUUCCGACAAAUGGACCUUGUCAAUGAAAGAGACGCAAAUGGGACCGUCACGAAAGCGGCGCCCACGUUCGACUAUAUCGAGAAUAAGGCAAUUGAGGAAGAGCAUAGGAAGGGGCAAUUGGGUAAACAAGCAAUGGAGACGCAAGCACUUCCUGCUCUUGCUCUAGUCCGUGGGCCAGGUGACAAGAAACUCAUCCCGUCGUCGGACGGAACUACUUGUCGAAUCGAGAUCGAUAACGUCCCAUAUUGCUCCUUCUGCCGAAAACCUUAUCACGUUGACUCCGAAUGUUUCACCAAGAAUCCGAAACUGAAACAGAAAGACGGAGAUGGACCGAAGCCAAAGCCAGGCAGGAUGCAUACGGGCACACGCAAACAGUUGAAGAAGCGGCCUUCGACGGAUGACGAGGAUGACGAUGCGGGUGGUCCAAAGGAUCCGAAGAAACCAACUUUCAUGGCGACGAGAGCCUCCGAGAAAGAUGUUAACGAAGCAUUUGGAAAUGAUAUCGAGGGCUAUUUCGCCCUGUCCGACCAUAUUCCCAUAAUGAUGGCGAUAAAAACCCUCUCUAUUCGCGACGCGUGGAUCGUGGAUAGUGGAUGCGCUCAGCACGUCUGCAAUAGUGCCUCGAGGUUUGUCCAAAUGGCCAAGUACCAUGGCCCCUCACUUACAGGCGUUGACACCUCAACGGCUCCCUCAGGAGUGGGAACAGUGAAUAUCCUUUGCAAUGUACGCGGCAGAAAGAAAUGGCUUGUGCUUGAUAACGUCCUCUAUGUUCCAUCUGCACACGCCAAUCUCAUAUCGGUGCUCCAGCUUCUCAAACGAGGAGCAAAGGUCGAAUUCUCAAGCCGGAGUGCUAUCAUUCGCAACAAGUCAAACGAAAAGAAUCUAUAUACUGCCAACGAAUAUCGUGGAGUCUACGCACUCGAUCUGUGGACAAGUCUGACUUUUCCCUCUUACCAUGUUAGCCCGCAAAUGUCUCUGUGGCACAAUCGACUUGCUCAUAUGAGUGAUGCAAAUCUUCGGCGACUCAAAAAGCAGGCUCACGGUGUUCGGGACAUGGAGCCACGUCAUCCAUGCAAUUCGUGUCUGCAGGGGCGAAUGAUCGAAAAACCCCACCGCAGAUCAGGAAAUAGCAGGAGAGGCGAACACGCAAUGGAGCUCCUCCAUAUUGACGUUGCAGGGCCAUUUGACGAGGGCCUUGACGGCAGUCGUUACUGGCUCACCAUCGUUGACGACUUCAUCGGGCUGGAUCGAGAUUAUCCCUAUACCACGAAGACAAGAGUUCGUCAUAGAAUCACUACGGUUCUUCCUCGACCACAAUGA